AGAGGGUAAGCCCUACGAGAAGGGCAGAAAGCACCUAGAAGGUAAAGCCUAGAAUGGAUACCUUGGCACCUUUGAUUGUAUAAAGAAUGGCUUAGCAGCCAUGGGUCCUAGUCUGAGUUCAGGGGCUUCUUCAGUCUCUGUUCCUUUACCUCCCCCACCGAGACAAGUCUUCCCUAUCUCUUGCCCUAGGAUUGAGCUUAUUGGCAAUAUCCAGAUGAAGGGUUAUGGCUGCUGUCGGGGACUUUACUGCCAUGGAGCUCAUGCUAGAUAUCGUCUCUUCUUUUGAUCAGUGUUCCAGAUUGUGGCUUUCCACCCCCAAGCAAUGUAAUGUAUGCCUUUUGUUCCUUGAAGAAAAGUGCUAAAGAUUGGAGUCCUGGAGUAUAGCCUUUCUUUAAAUAGUAUACUGCCAGAUAUAACAAAGGACAACACUACUGAUUUGCAGCGUCAUACAGCUGAGACAACUGGAUUAUCUACAGGGAAUGCAAUAUCGGAAAAAACAAAAAGCUGUCUUGGCUCAAGCUAAGAGUAAAAAUUUACUCAGACAGUUGGUGCUGAGAAAAGUAUACUUCAUUUGUCAACAAAUUCAGGAUUGACAGCAGCUCCUUUGAAUUUCAUCACUACAGUUAGAAUAAGUAAUAAUGUUGGAGUAUGGAAAAGUUGUGUUACUCAAAGUCAUCCUCAAAUAUUGUGAACCACAGUUAAAAACCCAGUUGAUUUGGAAUCUGUUGAAGUAAAUUCUAUUGAACCAAAACCACAGCAUAGAAAGAUGUUGAAUAACUCCAGUAUUAAUGAUCUGAACUAUAUGCCAUCCUCUAAUCAAGGAUCAUUACCUUUUCAUAAUUACUCAAAAAUGGACAUUUUGGAUAACUCAUGCAGGAUUUCAGUGGCAGCACGUAAAAACUCUGAAGAACCUUCAUCAAGCAAAAUGGCUAUACAUCAGUAUAGUUCAAGAAAUGAACCAGUCAUGUCAUCAGUGGAGAGUAACACAAAUCCAGAACUCCAUCAAACAUCUCCAUCAAAGAUUUGUCAAACUUACUGCCCUUCGAACACUAAAGAUACUUUUGAACCUUUAAAAAACCAUUGUGAAGUUAACACAGAAAUUUUAGAAACAGUACAAAAUAUUGACACACAGAAUAUUCAUGAUAAUGUAAGUCAAGACUUGGAGAUUGUAACUGAGAAAUCAGAUUGGGAGGAUAACUCUUCUGCUGAUUCAUUCACAAUGCCUAAAAUCACAUCUGUUUUCUCACUUCAGAGUGAACAGGCAUCUGAUUUUUUGUCACCUGAAGAAAACCAGUUGUUACAAGAUGUAUUGAAGGAAAAAUCAAGUGUGGAAAAAGAGUCUUCUGUAACACCAAAUAAAAUAAUACAACUUCAUGAUGAGCCACCUUUGAGAAGUGAGGGAAAGAGCAACAUAACUGAAUGUUUUAAAGGUUCAGAAAGCCCAUGCAUUUUACCCAUUUCAACUAGUAAUGUGGGUACUGGCAUACAUAUAAAAGCUCUUGGUGCCAGCAACUGUUCAACAAAUACAGAAAUAGAUUGUGGGAAAGAAAAACAAGUACCAUCAACACCAAAAGCUCUGGGAAACAUUGAGAAAAUACCCAGAUUUACUAGUAUUGGCACAUUCCUGAAAACCCAUUCUGAUACGAUAAUAACUCAGCAACUUGUAAAAGACAAAUUGCAAGCUACUUCAGAAAAUUCUAGUGGCCUAAGUUCUUUUCAUGUUCUGAGUCCACCAAUAAAUUCUGAACCAAAAAAAACAAUUUUAGUUCAAUCAACUCCUAAAGGGUUUAUUUUACCUUUGCAUCUUGCUAGCAAAUCUGGAUUACAACUUGUUUCAGGAAGAAGUCUUUCAUCAACUAAUCCUCCAGGUAUUUAUAUGACACAAGGUGUAUCAUCAUCUCUCCUUAUAAACAAAAAACCUGGAAUGAUUCUAAGGUUAAGUAGUGGAGUACUUGGAAAUGUUGCCAACAUCACAGGUGAGAGUUCUCAAGUUUUUGGUGGAGCUGCAGCUAAGGAGCAUGACAAAACACCUUCUGUAAGAGCAGAAUUGAAAAAGGAUAAUCCAAAUGUAAUCCACCCCUCUACUUUUGAUACUAGACCUACUGUGACAAUUACUUCGGAAAAGAACAUGCCAUUUAAAGGAACAUAUAUUCUUCGAAGUCCAGCAGAAUCUUCGGUGAAUAGAAUUUCUUCUCAAAUUACACUGCCUGAAUGUCAAGGCAGUAAGUCAUAUACCUUGAGUUCAGUGAAACAGCCAAGUGAAACUCAGCCAAAACAGUCUCUUUAUGCUCUGUUGCCUGAUGGCCGGCAGGCAGUUCUCCUAAGAUGUGUUACUCCCAAUAAGUCACAAAUAGGAUCAUCUGAUUUAUUACAGAGUAGCAGUUAUGAUCUUCAAAAUCAUCAACCAAAGAAAACUAUAGGAACACAGCAAAAAAUACUGCUGAAAAUAAUUAAGAACCCUACUUUUGAUAACAGUCAGUCAGUAAAGAGUCCUAAGUCUUCAUUACAGUUAGAUAUAAUACAGUCCCAUCAAACUCCCGUAGAAAAGGAGAAACAACCAGUCCCUUCAAGUGAUACCUUACCCUUAACAGAUAGAGUGGUGCCAACAAAUGCAACUACCGAAACUUCUACAGCAGUAUGCCCCACACCCCCUCAAGAGACAGUAUGUACCACCAACCCUCCAGAUACACAACCAUUAAAGUGUCAAACAGAUGGUUUGUUUGGGAGUAGCUUUAGUAACAGAAAAUCUACCAGAAGACGGAUUUCAAAAAUAAAAACUCACAAAAGACAUAAAUCUUCUGAAUCUAUGAUUAAGUAUAAAAAUAGGAAGUUUGGACCAAAAUGGAGAGGAAAUUUCCAGGAAUGGCCUAGGAAAAAAGUAAUGUUGCAUAGGAAGAGUAAAAGAAAAACUAAAUCUGAAGAUUUUCAUGACAAAGACUUUUACAGACCAAGGUUUCCUAAGGACACUGUUAGGACUUUGAGACUUUUUCCUUUUCGUUCUACACAGCUGAUUAAAUGCCCUAGAAGAAACCAGCCAGUUGUGGUUUUAAACCAUCCUGAUGCAGAUGCUCCAGAAGUGAUAAAUGUAAUGAAAACGAUUGCUAAGUUUAAAGGGCAUGUACUCAAGGUUUCAUUGUCAAAAAGAACAAUUCAGGCACUUCUGGAACCAGCAUGUUAUAACAUUUCUAAAGCGAAUACUGAUGACUUUUCUGCCAAGAGACAUGUAUUUAAACCUGUGAAAGAAAGAUUUGUGUUAAAAUUAACACUUAAAAAGACGAGCAAAAAUAAUUAUCAGAUUGUGAAAACUACCUCUGAUAAUACUCUGAAGGCAAAGUUUAACUGCUGGUAUUGUGGUAGAAUAUUUGACAAUCAGGAUGCUUGGGUGGGACACGGACAGCGACAUUUAAUGGAAAUUACUUGGGAUUGGCAUAUGUUAGAGUAAUUUACCUUGAUUAUUAAAAAAUAAAAUUAAAAGAAAAAAAAAAAGAAUUCAGAGUAAAGAGAGAGACCUGAUGAUUAUAGGGAUCAGGAAUUAGAGAAUAAGGGUUGAGAGUAGACACAGAAUAAUGAUGAGAGUGAGAGAAAUCCAUUUUGGAAAGUGGCAUAAAAUAUAAAUUUAAAAAUUAAAGAACAGAAGCCUCAAUUUUCAAACAUAUAGGGAACUGAAUUAAACUUAUAAAAAGAACCAUGCCCCAAUUGACAAAUGAUCAGUAGAUAUGAACUAUGUGCCCAGAGGGCUAUAAAAUCAUGCAUAUUCUUUGACCUAACCACUACUAGGCAUGAAUCCCAAAAGAGAUUUAAAACAAGGAAAAGGACCUAUAUGUACAAAAAUAUUAUAGGAGCUCUCUUAUCAGGAAAAAAAAAAAGGAAACUGAGGGGAUGCCCAUCAAUUGGAGAAUGGCUAAAUAAAUUGUGGUAUGUGAUUAUGAUGAAAUAUUAUUGUUUUAUGGGAAAUGCUGAGCAGGAUAUUAUCAGAAAAACCUGGAAAGUCCUCCAUGAACUCGAACAAAGUGAAAUGUACUGUGUACAAAAUAAUAGCAAAGCUCUGGUAUGAUCAGCUGUGAAUGACUUUGCUAUUCUCAGCAAUACAGUGAUCCACAACUAUUCUGAAGGACUUAUGAAAAACCUAUCCAUACCUAGAGAAAGAACUGAUUGUGUAUGAAUACAGAUAGAAGCAUACUCUCUCUCUUUUUUACUUUAUUUUUCUUGAGGGUUUUUUUAAGGGGGGGGGAGAUCUAUGUUUUCUUUCACAACAUGACUUUUAUGGAAAUGUUUUACAAUAUUUAACAUGCUUUCUUAAUGGGGGUUGGGGAUGGGGAUAAGGGAGAGAAUCUGGAACUCAAAGGUUUAAAAACAAAUGUUUAAAAAUUGUUUUAAAUGUAAUUGGGAAAAAAUAAAAAUAUUUUUAAAAAUUAAGGAACAGAAGGGGGAGAAAAAGAAGGGUCUAUUUGACCGAGAGGAAAAAAGAUAGAGAAGACAUAUAUAACCAGAUAAAAGUAGGAGAGAAAAAAGAACUAAAUAUACAAAACCCUAGAGGAAAAGGAGUAUUAAGCUAGAAGUGAGGAUUAGAGAUGAAGGAAAAAAAGCCAAUAGGAAUAGGACCAUCUUAGAAAAAGAUUAGAGUAAAAGUACUUUUCAGAAACUUUACUUUUUUUAACUUUAAAAAAUUAAAGUACUAAAGGAACGUAAUACUAUGUUUAUAGCAGAAAAAAAAAUUGAAACUGAAAAGCUUCUGCACAGACAACAUUAAUGCGUCUAGGAUAAGAAGGGAAAUAGUUGAAUGGAAAGAAAUCUGUAUAAAAUUUCUCUGACUAGGGUUUGAUAUCCAGGAUAUAUAAACAAUUUAUACAUACAUAUGUGUAUAUACAUAUGCAUAUACAGGCAUAUCUCAUUAUAUUGUUCUUUGCUUUAUUGUGCUUUGCAGAUAGUGCGUUUUGUUUUUUGGGUUUUUUUUUAAACAAAUGGAAGGUUUGUGGCAUCCUUGUGUUGAGCAAGUCUAUCUGCGAUAUUUUUCCAACAGCAUGUGCUCACAUUGUAUCUUUGUGUCAUGUUUUGGUACUCACAAUGUUUCAAACUUUUUCAUUAUUAUUAUAUCUGUUAUGAAAAUCUGUGAUCAGUGAUCUUUGAUGUUACUAUUAGAAUUGUUUUGGGGUACCACAGAUUGUGUUAUAUAAGGUGACUUUAUUGAUAAAUGUGUGUGUUCUGACUGCUCCACCUGUAGGCUGUUCCCCUGUCUCUCGGGCCUUCCUACUCCCUGAAACACAACAGUAUUGAAGACUAUUACAUAAAAUUAGUUGAUAAAGCAGUGGCAAGGUUUGAGAAGAUUGACUCCAGUUUUGAAAGAAGUUCUGCUGUGGGUAAAAUGCUAUCAAAUAGCAUUUUAUGCUACAGAAAAUUUCAUAAAAUUGAGUCUAUCUAUGCAGUAUACCUUGUUCUUGUCUUUAUCAGUCAGUAACCACCUAAUCAGUCAGCAUUCAUCAACGCCAAGACCCUCUACCAGCAAAAAGAUUACAACCUGUUUAAGGCUCAGAUAAUGCUUAGCAUUUUUUUUAGCAAGAAAGUAUUUUUAAUUAAGAUAAGUACAUUUUUAAAAGACAUAAUACACUUAAUAGACUACAGAUUAGUGUAGACAUAACUUUUAGAUGCACAAGGAAACCAAAAAAUUCAUAUGACUGACCUUAUGAUAAUUGCUUUAUUGUGGUGGUCUGGAAUAAAAUCUGCAAUAUCUCUGAGGUAUGCCAGAAUAUGUAUGUGUGCAUAUAUAUGUGCACAUGCAUACACGUGUGUAUAUACGCAUACAUAUAUGUGUGUGUAUAUAAUUAACCAUUCUCUAAUAGUCAAAUGAUAUAUUCUCAAAAGUUCUCAAAGAAGUAUUUCACAACUACAUGAAAGGAUGUUCCAAAUCACUAAUAAUAAGAAAUGUGAAUCAAAACAAUCCCAAGGUUUCACUUCACACCCUGUAAAUUGGCAACAAUGACAAAAAAUGACAAAAGUCAGUGUUGGAGGGGGUGUGGGAAGAUAGGCACACUAAUACAUUGUUAGUAGUACUGUGAAAUGGUACAAUCAUUUUGAAAAACUACUUUGAAUCAUGCAAAUAAAGUGAAUAAAAUGUUUA